CUGACCGGCAGAGGGCAACAUGUAGAAACACAAUCAUAAUGUUGUCAAAGGUCAUUUCCGGUUCUGGUGGAGUCUGUUCCGCUUUUGUCGUCUGUGGACCACAACGUGUCUCGUCAAGAUGGCACAGUAUAACUUCAAGAAGAUCAUGGUGGUUCCCACAGCCAAGGAUUUUAUUGACAUCACUUUAUCCAAAACGCAAAGGAAGACACCCACAGUGGUACACAAGCAUUACCAGAUCCACCGCAUCCGACACUUUUACAUGCGCAAGGUGAAGUUCACCCAGCAGAACUACCAUGACCGCCUCACACAGAUUCUGACCGACUUCCCAAAACUGGACGACAUCCACCCUUUCUAUGCUGACCUGAUGAACGUGCUGUACGACAAAGACCAUUACAAGCUGGCCUUGGGGCAGAUCAACAUCGCUAAGAAUCUCAUUGACAAUGUGGCCAAAGACUACGUGCGUCUGAUGAAGUAUGGAGAUUCCCUUUAUCGAUGCAAGCAGCUGAAGAGAGCCGCUCUCGGUCGCAUGUGCACCAUCUUGAAGCGACAGAAGUCCAGUUUGGAGUAUUUGGAACAAGUGCGUCAGCAUCUGUCCCGUUUGCCCACCAUCGACCCAAACACGAGGACACUGCUUUUGUGUGGAUACCCCAACGUGGGAAAGUCCAGUUUCAUCAACAAGGUGACCCGAGCAGAUGUGGAUGUCCAACCAUAUGCCUUCACCACCAAGUCGUUGUUUGUGGGUCACAUGGACUACAGAUACCUGCGUUGGCAGGUGGUGGACACCCCCGGGGUCCUGGACCACCCCCUUGAAGAGAGGAACACCAUCGAGAUGCAGGCCAUCACAGCGCUGGCUCACCUGCGAUCGGCCGUCCUCUACCUCAUGGACACAUCAGAGCAGUGCGGACACACUUUGCAGGAACAGCUGGAGCUCUUCAACAACAUCCGACCUCUGUUCGCCAACAAGCCUCUCAUCAUCGUGGCCAACAAAUGUGACGUAAAGAAGAUCAGUGAGCUGUCUGAGGAGGACCAGAAAAUGUUUGCAGAUCUGACAGCUGAGGGCAUCCCCGUCAUUGAGACAAGCACACUGACGGAGGAGGGCGUCAUUCAGGUCAAGAAUGAGGCCUGCGACCGUCUCCUCGCCCACCGCGUGGACAACAAGAUGAAGGGCAAGAAGGUCCAUGACAUCCUCAACCGGCUCCACGUGGCCAUGCCCGCCAAGAGAGACGAGAAGGCGAGACCUCCGUUUAUCCCUGAAGGAGCUUUGUUGCGUAGGAGGGCCAUGGAGGUGGAUACUCCCAAGCGCAAGCUGGAGAGAGAUCUGGAGAUGGAGCUGGGAGAUGACUAUAUCCUGGACCUUCAGAAAUAUUGGGACUUGAUGAACGAGGAUGAGAAGCAUGACAAGAUCCCAGAGGUGUGGGAAGGCCACAAUAUUGCCGACUACAUCGACCCGGACAUCAUGAAGAAACUAGAGGACCUAGAGAAGGAGGAGGAGCUAAAGGAGCAGGCUGGCGAAUAUGACUCUGAUGACGAGAGCGAGGAUGAGGAAAUGCAGGAGAUCCGUAUCAUGGCCAAGCAGAUCCGUGAGAAAAAGCAGCUUCUGAUCAUGGAGUCCAAAGAAAAGGACGUGCAUGGGCCUCGCAUGCCCAGGACGUCCGCCAAGGUUGAGAGGAAGAGGUUGGAGAAGGAGAUGGGUGACCUCGGCCUGGACAUGAGCAACAAGGACAAUAGUCACUACGCUGAGCAGGCCCGACGCUCCCGCAGCGUCACCAGGAAACGAAAACGUGAGGCAUCUGUGCUGCCAGCUUCCAAAACACGCAGCCAAAGCGCCUCUCGUCCUCCUCGAGACCAGUCUGGAUUGCGAGACGCAAAGAUGGUGAAAAAGACAAAGUUGUUGAUGAAGAACUCUCAGAAGGGCAUGAACCGCCAGGGAAAGAAGGGCGAGGCGGACCGACACGUGUUUGACCUCAAACCCAAACACCUCUUGGCAGGAAAGAGGAAGUCGGGCAACACAAAUCGCAGAUGAAAAGGAACAGGAAGUCACUGUGGGCAUCUACAGUGUGUAGUUUUAUUCUACACAAUACUUACAACAGUGGUAUAACUGAAAACAAGAAAUUUCCUUUUUAACAAGGUCAAAUAUUUUAGUACCCUUGGCUUAUUAAGGAUGGCAGCAGUCUUAUUUUGUUCCUGCAGUUAAUCAUCUAACAUUUAAAGUGUGGGGAUAAACGCUAUGUGCUGUGUUAGUGUUGGAUAAAGUGAUGAUGAUGAUGAUCUUGCUUCUUCUCCACAGCCAAAUAAAUAUACAC